GCCUGGAAUACUGCGAUGUAGCCCGAAGUGCUAAGGUUCAGCAAAUUCUACUUCUAGUGAAGUUGCUUGCAAGGAUACUAGUUAGGGCCAAUUUUGAAGCACGUCUUCAAUGUCUUCCCUUACGGUGACUGGUCUUGGAUGGCCUUUCUCCUCUCUGAUGUCCUCAGCAGGUUCCUCAUGAAGGGCGAAACCCCUGUCAACAGCACCAUGAGCAUCGGCCAAGCUCGCAAAAUGGUGGAACAGCUGAAGAUUGAGGCCAGCAUGUGCAGGAUAAAGGUGUCCAAAGCGGCUGCGGACUUGAUGACCUACUGCGAUGCCCACACCUGCGAGGACCCCCUCAUUAGCCCCGUGCCCACCUCAGAAAACCCCUUCCGGGAAAAGAAAUUCUUCUGCGCCCUGCUUUGA